ACUUUUACAGCCUGGUGCAAUUCCCACCUCAGGAAAGCAGGCACACAGAUUGAGAAUAUUGAAGAGGACUUCAGAAAUGGCCUCAAACUGAUGCUCCUCUUGGAAGUUAUCUCAGGGGAAAGACUACCGAAACCAGACAGAGGGAAGAUGCGCUUCCAUAAAAUCGCUAAUGUCAACAAAGCUCUGGAUUAUAUUGCCAGCAAAGGAGUGAAACUUGUGUCAAUUGGUGCAGAAGAAAUUGUUGAUGGCAAUGUGAAAAUGACGCUGGGUAUGAUCUGGACUAUCAUCCUUCGUUUUGCUAUUCAGGAUAUUUCAGUGGAAGAGACCUCUGCCAAAGAAGGGCUGCUGCUGUGGUGUCAAAGAAAAACUGCUCCUUACAGAAAUGUGAACAUUCAGAACUUCCAUCUUAGCUGGAAAGAUGGCCUUGGAUUAUGUGCACUUAUCCACAGACACCGACCUGAUCUUAUUGACUACUCCAAGCUAAAUAAGGAUGACCCCAUAGGAAAUAUCAACCUUGCCAUGGAAAUUGCUGAAAAGCAUUUGGAUAUCCCUAAGAUGUUGGAUGCAGAAGAUAUUGUGAACACUCCUAAACCCGAUGAGAGAGCUAUCAUGACGUAUGUGUCCUGCUUCUACCAUGCUUUUGCUGGAGCAGAGCAGGCUGAGACUGCAGCUAACCGGAUCUGUAAGGUGCUUGCUGUGAAUCAGGAAAAUGAGAGGUUGAUGGAAGAGUAUGAGAGACUAGCAAGUGAGCUUUUAGAAUGGAUUCGCCGGACAAUUCCUUGGCUGGAAAACAGGACCCCAGAAAAAACAAUGCAGGCCAUGCAGAAGAAAUUAGAGGAUUUCCGGGACUACCGCCGCAAACACAAACCUCCCAAAGUCCAAGAGAAAUGUCAACUGGAGAUCAAUUUCAACACCCUGCAGACAAAACUCAGAAUCAGCAAUCGGCCAGCUUUCAUGCCAUCAGAGGGAAAAAUGGUUUCAGAUAUUGCCGGUGCUUGGCAGAGACUUGAACAAGCUGAGAAAGGCUAUGAAGAAUGGCUCCUGAAUGAAAUACGAAGACUGGAAAGACUUGAACACUUGGCUGAGAAAUUCAGGCAGAAGGCUUCCACUCAUGAACAGUGGGCAUAUGGUGAGCAGAAAU